AUGACAGCAAAAUCUCAAAAGGAUAGAGCUGCAUUUGGGCAGUCUAAACUGAGUGAGCUUCAAGGAGUCUCUCCGAGGCAAAGCAGCUCUCCAGAGAAGCUCCACUGUCAGAGCCACAGAGCCACCAGACCCACCCUGAAGAUGAAGCCCGACUUCCUGCUGCUGCUGCUGCUGCUGCUGGGCCUCUCGCAGGCCCAUCCUCUCCAGGAGGAGGGAAGGGGAGAACAGGUCCUGGUGGAAGACCCGGAGGCCGUCCACAUGGACAUCAGCACCAGGAUCCUGUCCUCCAACAACGGCUCCAGUGAGAUCCUGCUGGAAGGAGACAUGGUGGUGCCCAGAACCAGAAACGCCAUGUUCUGCUGGAGCCACAACUGCCUGUGGAGGAAAGGCUCCGACGGCCUGGUGACCAUCCCCUUCACGGUGAGCGGCGACUUCUCGGCCUGGGACAGGCAGAAGAUCGAGCGCGCCAUGCGGUCCUACCACAGCGGCACCUGCCUCCGCUUCGUCCCCCGUCAGAAGGAGCAGGACUACAUCAGCAUCCAGAACAGAGACGGCUGCUUCUCGUCUCUGGGCAGAGAGGGAGGCGCGCAGGUCCUCUCCCUCAACAGGCAGGGCUGCCUCUACCACGGCAUCAUCCAGCACGAGAUCAACCACGCUCUGGGCUUCCAGCACGAGCAGACCAGGAGCGACCGCGACCAGUACGUCAGGAUCAACUGGGACAACAUCGACCCGCGGAUGGCCUACAACUUCUACAGGCAGCACACCGACAACCUGGACACUCCCUACGACUACUCCUCCAUCAUGCACUACGGCAGGACGGCCUUCUCCGUCCAGUACGGGAGGGACAGCAUCACCCCGAUCCCCGACCCCACCGUCCAGAUCGGCCAGAGGCAGGGCCUGUCCCGCAUCGACAUCCUGAGGAUCAACCAGCUCUACGGCUGCUGA